AUUGAUAAGGAGCAGUUUCAAAAAAUCCUGGAGCUAAUUGAGAGUGGGAAAAAAGAAGGAGCUAAACUGGAAUGUGGAGGAGGUCGAUGGGGAGACAAAGGUUACUUCAUCCAGCCCACGGUUUUUUCUAAUGUUACAGAUGAUAUGCGCAUCGCCAAAGAGGAGAUAUUUGGACCUGUUCAACAAAUCAUGAAGUUUAAAACUGCAGAUGAGGUUAUCAAGAGGGCAAAUAAUACUACCUAUGGCUUAGCAGCUGCAGUUUUUACCAAGGACAUGGAUAAAGCACUGACAUUUGCAGCUGCUCUUCAGGCUGGAACAGUAUGGGUUAAUUGUUAUAGUGCAUUGUCUGCUCAGUGUCCUUUUGGAGGAUUUAAGAUGUCAGGAAAUGGACGAGAAAUGGGAGAAUAUGGCCUUCAUGAAUACACAGAAGUUAAGACUGUCACAAUCAAAAUCCCACAGAAGAACUCAUAAUGCUGUUUGAUGUGCAGUCUAGCAUCUUCAAAUGAAUCUGAAAAGGCUAUCUGAAUUCUGAGAAGUUUUAUAUCCCAAAUUAUUCAUUAACCUCUUUGCUUUCUGAUUGUAUAGGAGGUACUUGCUUACAUUAACAAUAUAAAGAAUAAUGUAGAAAAAUUUUUGUGACUAACUGAGGAAAGGAAAUUUUCAUGCCUGGUACAUAGCUAUCUAAUUUUGAAGUUCAUGUUCAGAAAGAAAUAUUUUUCUUUUUUAGUGAAAGGUCUCUGUAGUGCUAUGAAAAUAUUCCCUUUCAAUAUAUCCUACAGGU